UUAUGUUUAGCUUGGUUUACACACAAAAAUUGGGAAAGUAAGAGAGAGAAAUAGAGGAAGAGCAUCUGGAAAUAUGAACAUGGCAUGUUUGAGUGUAGGUUUAGGAAUGGUUCCAAAAUCAUUUCAGACAAUCUCAAAGAAAUCCGAAGCAAAGUCAUCAGCAGGAGCAAUUUCCCUAAGAAGAUCAAAUCUAAGAAUGAUUGCAAACUCAUCAUCAUCAUCAUCAUCAUCCUCAAAAUCAGGAGAAGAUGAAGAGAUGAAGAUGAAGAUCAAAUACGAAGGGACUCGUAGGAGAGAGAAAGAGAUGACAGAGAUGAUAGAGAAGAAGAUUCGAGAAGCUGAAGAGGUUUGCGGUGAAGAUAAGAUGUCAGAUGGGUGUAAAGUAGCUUGGGAUGAAGUCGAAGAAAUCAGUGCAGCUAAAUCUCAUCUUAGACUCCAAUUGAUGCAUUCUGGAGAUCCUCUUGAGAAUUUCUGUCACCAACAUCCUGAAACUGACGAGUGUCGUAUUUACCAAGAUUAGUUCAUUACUAAUAACAGUAAUGAGUAAAUUCGAUCAUUAUGGUAUUAAGACGGAGUAUGUAUCAUUUCAAUCCUCUUCUGUUUGUAGUCAUUGUACGGUAGUGUCUAUGUGUAUUCACUCCGUUCCUGAAUAAAUUAUAUACUCCGUGCGUGGUUAAUUUUUACGAAAAAUAAUGGACAUGUUUUUUUUUUUUUUUUUU